GGGGAAGAAAAGGAUGAGCCCAGGAGGAGGAGGAGGAAGAAGAGGGAAGCAAGACAAAUAGCUGGUGCGUGAGAGGAACGUGUCCAGCCAGCGUUCCUGGUCCCUGCAGAGCUAGCAGCCGGGAGCCCAGGGCCUGCGCACCCCAGCCCUGCGUCAGCCUUCCGCCUCCCCGCAGAAGCCAUGGGCCCAGGGCCUCUGCUGGUCCUGUUGGCGGCCACAACUUGGCAUGCUCAAGGGGUCCCGGUGAUAGAACCCAGUGUCCCUGAGCUGGUCGUGGAGCCAGGCGCGACCGUGACCCUGCGAUGUGUGGGCAACGGCAGCGUGGAAUGGGUCGGCCCCAUCUCCUACCCCCACUGGACCCUGGACCCAGAUGCCCCCAGCAGCAUCCUGACCACAAACAAUGCCACUUUCCAAAACACGGGGACCUAUCGCUGCACAGAGGCUGGAGACUCCCUAGGGGGCAGCGCCAGCAUUCACCUCUACGUCAAAGACCCUGCUCGGCCCUGGAAUUUGCUGUCCCAGGAAGUGAAGGUGUUCGAGGGCCAGGAUGCCCUGCUGCCCUGCCUGCUCACCGACCCGGCGCUGGAGGCCGGUGUCACGCUGAUGCGGGACCGUAACCGGCAGGUCUUGCGCCAAACCAACUACUCCUUCUCACCCCGGCACGGCUUCACGAUCCACCAGGCCAAGUUCGUUGAGAGUCAGAAUUACCAAUGCAGCGCUCGAGUAGCCGGCAGGACGGUGACAACGCUCGCCAUCCGUCUCAAAGUGCAGAAAGUUGUUCCAGGACCCCCGACUGUGACACUGGAGCCUGCAGAGCUGGUGCGGAUUCGAGGAGAGGCUGCCCAGAUCGUGUGCUCAGCCAGUAACGUCGAUAUCAAGUUUGAGGUCUUCCUCCAACGCGGAAACACCAAGCUCAAUAUCUUUGAACACAAUGACUUCCAUGAUGACCGUUACCAAAAAGUCCUGACCCUCAACCUCCAUCAAGUAGACUUCGAAGAUGCUGGCAACUACACCUGUGUGGCCACCAAUGCCCAGGGCGUCCGCUCCACUUCCAUGGUCUUCCGGGUGGUAGAGAGUGCCUACUUGAACUUGACCUCUAAGCAGAACCUCCUCCAGGAGGUGGCCUUGGGUGAGAAGCUCAAUCUCCAAGUCACAGUGGAGGCCUACCCGGACCUACAAGGCUUUAACUGGACCUACGGGGGACCCUUCUAUGACCAUCAGCCCAAGCUCAGUUUUAACACCCACAAGGAAACAUACAGGUACACCUCCACCCUCUCCCUGCCUCGCCUGAAGCCCUCUGAGGCCGGCCGCUACUCCUUCCUGGCCAGGAACGCCGGAGGCGAGGAUGCCCUGACCUUCGAGCUCACCCUUCUCUACCCCCCUGAGGUGAGGGUCACGUGGAGCCCUGUCAAUGGCUCCGGUGCCAUAAUCUGUGACGCCUCUGGGUACCCCCAGCCCAACGUGACGUGGCUGCUGUGCAGGGGCCAUACUGAUAGAUGCGAUGAGGCCCAGGUGCUGCAGGUCUUCGAGAACCCACACACCAAGGUCCUGAGCCAGGAGCCCUUCCACAAGGUGACUGUCCAGAGCCAGCUGCCCGUGGGGACGCUGGAACACAACAGGACGUACGAGUGCAGGGCCCACAACCGUGCGGGGAACAGCUCCCACGCCUUCCAGCCCAUCUCUGUAGGAGCCAGCAUGCAGCUCCUGGGUGAGCCCCUCUUCACGCCUGUGCUGGUCGCCUGCAUGUCCACCAUGGCCUUGCUGCUGCUGCUGCUCUUGCUUCUUCUGUACAAGUACAAGCAGAAGCCCAAGUACCAGGUGCGCUGGAAGAUCAUCGAGAGCUUCGAGGGCAACAAUUACACGUUCAUCGACCCCACCCAGCUGCCCUAUAAUGAGAAGUGGGAGUUCCCCCGAAACAACCUGCAGUUCGGUAAGACCCUUGGAGCCGGCGCCUUUGGGAAGGUAGUAGAGGCCACAGCCUUUGGACUGGGCAAGGAAGAUGCUGUCCUGAAGGUGGCUGUGAAGAUGCUGAAAUCCACGGCUCACGCCGACGAGAAGGAGGCUCUCAUGUCAGAACUGAAGAUCAUGAGUCACCUGGGCCAGCACGAGAACAUAGUCAACCUUCUGGGAGCCUGUACCCACGGAGGCCCUGUCCUGGUCAUCACUGAGUACUGUUGCUAUGGAGACCUGCUCAACUUUCUGCGAAGGAAGGCUGAGGCCAUGCUGGGGCCCAGCCUGAGUCCGGGCCAGGAUCCCGGCUACAAGAACAUCCACCUGGAAAAGAAAUACGUCCGCAGGGACAGUGGCUUCUCCAGCCAGGGUGUGGACACCUAUGUGGAGAUGAGGCCCGUUUCUACUUCUUCAAAUGAUUCCUUCUCUGAGCAAGACCUGGGCAAGGAUGAGUGGCCACUGGAACUGCGGGACCUGCUCCACUUCUCGUGCCAAGUGGCCCAGGGCAUGGCCUUCCUCGCUUCCAAGAAUUGCAUCCACCGGGAUGUGGCUGCCCGAAAUGUGCUGCUCACCUGUGGGCGUGUGGCCAAGAUUGGGGACUUCGGGCUGGCUAGAGACAUCAUGAAUGACUCCAAUUACAUCGUCAAGGGCAACGCCCGCCUGCCCGUGAAGUGGAUGGCUCCAGAGAGCAUCUUCGACUGCGUCUACACGGUUCAGAGUGACGUCUGGUCCUACGGCAUCCUCCUCUGGGAGAUCUUCUCGCUCGGGCUGAACCCCUACCCUGGCAUCCUGGUGAACAGCAAGUUCUAUAAGCUGGUGAAGGAUGGAUACCAAAUGGCCCAGCCUGCGUUCGCACCCAAGAACAUAUACAGCAUCAUGCAGGCCUGCUGGUCCCUGGAGCCCACCCACAGACCCACCUUCCAGCAGAUCUGCUUCCUCCUUCAGGAGCAGGCCCAAGAGGACAGCAGAGAGCAGGGCUAUGCCAACCUGCCCAGCAGCAGCAGCGAGCAGGAGGAGAGCUCUAGCGAGCAGCUGGCCUGCUGUGAGCAGGGGGACAUUGCCCAGCCUCUGCUGCAGCCUAACAACUACCAGUUCUGUUGAGGUGACACCUGGGGGCACUGCCUGUCCCCUCCUCCGAGCUUCAACUCCCGUGGAUGGGGCGCCACAAAGAACACAGACUCUGUCCCUCCGGUCAUUUCAACAGCCCAGCCCUGAAACUCAGGAAUGUGGGACCCCUGAGGUAUCAGAGGACCCGCUUUCAGGACCUGGGUCAUCACUGCCAGUCAGGGGCUGGGGCUGAGCCCCUCCCCUCCCUCUGUUCUUAACGCUGUGGCUGCAUGUUCGCUAUGCCAACUGGGAGAACCCCCAGCUCACCCUCUUAACCUUAUUCCCACUUCUAGGAACUCCUUCCCUACCCUCUCCUGAUGGAAACGGACUGAUUUCACACCUAUGACAUCCCCAGGAACUGUCCCAGUACUGAGAAAACAAGGCUCCUGGGCCUUAGAGUGGAGGGACCCCCUCUCUAACCGAGUGGAGCAGCAAGAGCAGACAGCCACUCAGAGGCUGCUAGGCGCAGACUCCUCGGAGCAGGGUGGCUCCUCUGUAAGAAUCUAACUUACAUGCCAGUCUCUGCCCUCUGGUCUUCUUCCCACAGCCCCAUCCCACCCUGGACCUGGUACUGCUAUAAUGAGCCAGAUGGCAGCUAAAGUUUGGGGUGUUCUGCCCAGUCCCCCGUCCUCCUGAGCUGAAAGACAGGCGACCCGUGUGGCUGGCCACACCAUGCAAGCAGCACGCGCUUCCCCAAGUUGACUCAUCAUAACUAACAGUCACGCUGCGGGGUGCCGCCGUCAGCAUUAAACUAACAGAAUUAACACA